AUGGCUUGCGAGACUAUUGCUGCUGAUAGCCGCAAGUUUGACUGGGCCGAAGAUGACAACGAUGAUUUCGACUUGGAAAGCUGGAAUGCUACCGCCGACACUUCCGCACCAACCGCUGAUGAGUUGGGCCCUCUUCAAGUUCCUCCCACUGGAAAUGUGACGAAGGAUGAAGAAGAGGCUUACACUUUCUCGCGUAUUUCCAACGAGCGCGUUUAUCCGGAUCCGCCCGUCGCAAAAGAGUCACCAGACGCCGAACUCACCCAGGGGCCAGAUCCCAUCGCUCAAUUGCCAGCCGAAUACUGGUAUCUUGCAGUCUUGAACUGCCGUGCAGAACACCAGGUCAUUUCUGCGCGGUUCGAUCGUAUUACCCGGGCUAUCGGCUUUCGCUACGAUGGCAAAGAGGAUCCCGAGGCGCCUGCAUAUCCGGAGUUGAGCAACAGCAAGGCAUACCGGUCUAGUUACAUGAAAGGGUUCCAAAAGUGGAAAAUGGAACAUAGAUCGCUCUCCUGUUCGAAAGUGUAUCGAAGUUCACCUUUGAAGAUCUUCACUUCCAUUGAGAACGCGCAUGAAAUCGAUGACAUCGUCGAUCGCACAGAUGAGGAGGUUGAAGAGAUUUUCGAUGAGGAUGAACACACGCAGAUCUUCCCCUUUGAACAAGAAGAGCAGGUUCAGACUUCCGUCUCCGACCAAUUUGAGCGUGGCCGAGAUGCUGAUCGCGAAAUGAAUGAAGAAAUCGAUCGCAUGCUUGUGGAUCAAAGCAAGAACAACGUUGACAUAUCGAAGCGAUUUUCCAGGAAAGAGCUCGAGGGUUUGUAUCACCAUUACAAAGCUCUGCAGCUGGAGGCCGAUAAGAGCGAUGCUGAAGAGCUAUACGAUAAGGUCAGGCUCGAUGUGAUUGAGGAAGAGGAUACCACUUCGAUCGAUAGUUGGGAGGCUUGCAGCUGGGACGAAGAGCUUUUCGAGCCUUACCACCCUUGCGCCGAGGAUGACGGAAUGUCAUUUUCGGUUAUUGGCUCGAUGGACGACGAUAAAACCUUAUCCUCGAUUAAAUACCCGUUCGACGCCGCAGCAACGGAAGAGGAGCUGGAUUUCAAUGAUGUGGUCUUUGGAUUCGGGGACGACGCCAGAGAUCACAAGGCGGAAACUAAGUCCGAAACCGAUUCUGAGCCUAGUGACGAGGGCUACGCAUCCUCUUCACCACCCAUCACUCCCACGCUCGAAAAUUUUAGAACCAUUGGCAAAAGGCAUACAAAAGACGACUUUAUACCAGCCGAGAUGCGAUUGAGUUCGUCUUCUAUGCGCCGUAAGACCAAUGGUCGGACUGACUCCAUGGAUGCGCUCAACGCGUUUAGACAGGCCGCCAGAAAUGAGCAGCCUGUCGACGACGCCUUCGAGGAAGAAGAAAACGAUGAAGUGGCAGAAAGUAUCCGAAAAGAAAAAAUCUCAUACGAUGAGCUGGGAGAGCCAUUCGGGGCCAAUGGGGGCUCUGGCUUUGCCCUUAUCGUUGUGCCACCGGAAGAAGAGAACAGGACUAAGGUCUGCCCGCUCAGCGAUUUGGCGCUGGCCUUGAUUGAGCAAGCCAACAGUGUUGGACCGAUUGAAGAGGAUGAUCAAGUUCACUAUAUUAACAAUGAAGGACGCGGCAUCCUCGAUUUAUCUUUCGUCUUCCCAGGCCCGUUUGCCGAUCAUACCUCAUCCGCAACCAAAAGCACUGUUGCUACCAGCACUACCAUAUCACCCCAUAUUCCCGCCUCCAAAUCCUCUUCUCGUCGCUGGGGCGAUCCUCUGAGAUACGUUCCCGGUCCUGCAUCAGCCUUGCCAUCCUCCGCUACCCGGCACAAGAAGCAGAACUCCUUGUCGCUGGAUUAUCUAGCUAGCGCAGUGACAAAAAGCAGGCUUUACAUGUGUGAGGUGCCUUGGACGCAGGUGGGCAUCAUGACGGCUGGAGUGGUCGCUGGUGGGUUGCUGAGUAUGGUGCGUUGUCAUUAG